AUGGAGCCAAUAGACGCCAACGAAUAUUUGAUCCAGUACCUAGGAAGCAUCGAUAAUCUUCCUUCCGAAAUUCACUAUCAUUUUACUGAACUAACAAAUAAGGAUCAAGAAAUUGAGCAACUGGCGGAAAGAAUAGAACGUCGUAAAAAAAGACUGUGGUGUCUAUAUGAUGGUGUUCCACCUGAAGAAGAUAGUGAUUGUUCCGUAAUGGAAAGCGUUUACGAAGAUCAAGAUACAGACGAUGAUGACUCAGAUAGUGAAGUUGAAGAUCAGAACGAAGAUGAACAAACUGGUGAUCAUAUUGUUAAAAAGAAGCGGCGUCGUGUGUCUCGCGUUAUUACCGAAUUCGAAGAUGAAGAAAUGCUAAAAGAUAAGAUAAUUAAAGAUUACAUGAGAGCUUCACAAUUACAAGAUGAAAAAAUCGAAAUUGCUGAUAAGGCUCUAGCACUAGUCGAAAGACAUAUAAAACGUCUUGAUGAAGAUUUUGAUAGUCUAUUCCCUCAGCAUAAUCUUCGCGAAAAUCUACAUGAAUCCUCCACUUCAGCUCCACCGAGUCCGCUCAGAAUAGAUUCUCUAAUGACAAUCCAGCCAUCAACACAUCACAUGAAUACCUUAUCAACACCACAAGCAACUAGGACACCCGCUCAUCAGCCAAUUUCUGCAGUAACACCUAUGUCAACAUCAAAUUUUCCUAAUACUACAUUUGAUUAUAAUAAAUUUUAUUAUCCUUCAUCAAGUGCCGAGUCUGAAGAAAUUCCUUUACCAUUUUUACCAAACCCAACAAGUUCGUCUGCAACACGGUGUAAUAAAGAAGACUCUAUGACCUCAGGUCGCCGGCCGCCUGCAAUAACCGUUAGUGGUAAUAACGCAAGACGUCGAAAACAAAUUUCUCAGAAUAAUAUAUCAACUUAUAUAUCAAAUUCGGAUGCGUCGAUGAACAGUCAUCUCUCAAGAGGAAUCAAAUUGCGAUUACAUAAUGGAGAAGAAAACUCGAAUUCUGGAUCAUCGUCAGUUACUGAUCAAAUCACGAAUGGUGAUAUUGACCUAAUGGAUUCAGCUGACGCAUAUGAAAAUACACUUAUGGCCGGCACCAAUACAUUUUCAUCAGGAUUCGUACAGCCUAUUGAUCCGAAUGAACCGUUAUAUUGUAUUUGUAGACAAGUCAGUUUUGGAGAAAUGAUUGGUUGUGAUGGAGAGAAUUGUCCUAUUGAAUGGUAUCAUCUCGAUUGCGUCGGACUCAAAGCUGUACCAGAGGGCAGGUGGUUUUGUGAUACUUGCAUAGGAAAUACAAGCCAAAUUAAAAAAAGGAAAAGAGGCCGGCCAGCUGGAUCGUGA